AUGAACUAAAUGAUUGGCUUAACUAACCCUUUCAUUCAGAAGACAGUAAAGAUCAUAAGAACCAAUUUUCAUAGCAAGUUACAGAAAAUUACUUCAAAAUUAGAUCCGCAAUAAUAAUCAACUGCGUUAAAAACUGAAAAAGAGACUCAAAAAAGCAAGAGUAUUAGCAAGCUCACUGAUCAAGAUUAUUAAUAAGACUCUGUGAUGAAAGAGAAAGUUAGACAGAAAGUCAAUUCUAAGUCAUAUGAUAGUAGUGAUAAAUCUAUAGAAGAGAAUAAAUCCUAAUUUCAAUCUCGUAAUUCUUAUAAUAAUCCUAAGAGGCUAAAUUCUCAAGAAGACAAACAAUCGCAAGUAAAUAAUCCAUAUGAUAAAAGUUUCGAACAUAGUCAGAGUUUCAAACACCAAAAUGAUUUGAGUAUGGAAAACAAAGGAUUUCAAUUGAGCAAUUAAAAUUAUGAAAGAAGAAAGAGCUUAUAAAAUGCAGAUACUAAUCUAUAGAAAAUUGAACUUCCAAUCAAUCAGAUAGUCAAAGAAAGUUAUAUAGUGGCAUCAUAAUAGGACAAUUAGAAAGAGCUAAACAAAAGCAUAGAAAAGUAUAUUACUGCUUCAUCAUUACAUCAAUUUAUGUGA